CCACCCCCCAAACACCUCCACCACUGCUUCAGAAGACGAAACAUGAUGCUCAUCGCAAAGACUCUGGUUCAUGUCUGAUACAUAUACCUCUGAGGCGUCGAGCGUAAAACCAGUGGAGAAAUGAAUGGAGGAAAGGACUGCGAGGCGGGAGAUGAGAGGCAGGCCACCCCUGUCCAGGUCCCCAUUGGCUGGCAACGCAGGGCGGAGCACGGUGGAGGCGUUGUGUAUGUAAGUCCCAGUGGCUCGGUGCUGUCCAACCUGGAGCAGGUGAAGGCCUACCUUCUGACGGAUGGAACCUGUAAAUGUGGCCUGGAGUGCCCACUCAUCCUCCACAAGGUGUUCAACUUUGACCCCGGGGUGGCUGUUAAACAGAGGACGGCGGAUGAUGUGAAAGCAGAUGAAGAUGUGACCAAACUCUGUAUUCACAAGAGGAAGCUCCUGGCUGUGGCCACGUUGCACAAGAGCAUGGAGACGCACCCACCUCUGUCGCUGACCAGUCCAGGAGGAGGUACAUCCUCUGUGGCUUCUGUGCAUUCCAUAACUCAGAGAGUAAUAAGGACUAAAGCCCACGAUGGUCUGCCCAAUGCUGUUGGCCCUGACUGCAAGAAUCAGUUCAAAAUGAUGAUGCCGUCUGGACAGCAGCAGAGGUUGUACUCGUCACCAGAAGUGGGAGGAGCCCACCAGCCGGAGCUGUACUCUGGAUACCCAAGGACGCAGCGGUUAGGCAGUGGGGAGCCUGGUACAAAAUCCCCGUACCGGGUCGGGUAUGGAGGCAUGUUGAGCCCACCUCCUUCUGGUGCUAAACUAUAUGGAGAUGGCUCUCAGUCUCCCAGUGCGGACACUCUGGGCAGCCCUGAAGGCUUUCAAAGGACCCAUCCUUGUGGUUUUCCAGGAGCUGGUAGUCCCGGACCUGUCUCCAUGCACGGGAACACCAGGACACCACUUUCUCCACCCAGUGUAUUGCUCCAUGGUUCUCCAGCAGGCCAAACAUCCUGCGCCAUGACAGGAAGGACUAGCACGCCUCUCUCUCCCACGGCCACUGCCAAAAGCCCUGUCAUGAACAUGAACAUGCCUCGGGGGAACUUCCCUCCUGGUAUGGAGAUGCCCCGAGCAGCAUUUCACCAUAAAUCCCAGCCUCCUGUGCAUCCUGUUCCACCCCCUCCUUCUAUACCUCCACCCUGUGCUCUUCAGAAAAGGCAGUUGACAUCUGAAAAGGACCCCCUAGGUAUCCUAGACCCCAUCCCCAGCAAGCCAGUCAACCAGCCCCCCACCAAUGCCCCAAACCCUUCCAACUUCCAGCCCAACAUCCACUCUCAGGUACCAAUGAUGAAUGUAAACAUCCCCCCUCCUGCCAUUGUCCCCUUGCCAAGCAACUUACCUUUACCUACAGUAAAGCCUGGACCGGUUGGACAUGGUGGCAAUGUGCAAAGGACUCAACAGGGUGGUCCUGCUUCCUCCAUGUCCCCCUCCCCCGUCACAUCCCCUGUCCACAUGACCGGCCCUGUGCUUGGGAGGAUGGAGGCUUCACCUCAUCGCUCACGUUCCUCCUCCACCUCCUCUGACCAUGGAAACUUUGCUGCACCCGCUGGGCACCAGGCCCCAUGUGGCACCAUGAAGGUCCCUCCUCGUUCUCCCAGGUCAGCUAUGGGGUCUCCCAGGCCAGCCAUGCCCUCAAGCCCCUCCACCAACAAAACAGAUUCACUCCACCAGUACAAAGACUCCCAGCUGCUGCCCGGGAUGGCAAAUUCAGUCCCCUCCCAUCAGCACAACAACUCCAUGUAUUCACCCACCUCUUCCUCCUCUUCUCUGCCAACUUCUAGCGCUUCCCAGAAAGGUCAUCCUGGACUCCUUGGGAUGCCCCUUAACCAGAUCCUUAACCAACAGAAUGCCGCUUCCUUCCCCGCCAGCAGUCUCCUCUCAGCUGCAGCCAAAGCACAGCUAGCAAAUCAAAACAAACUCAGCCCUGCUGGCAGCAGCCCUGCUGGCAUGGCUGCUGGUGGUGUAGGAAUGUCAGGCAUGGGGGCAGGUGGUGGAGGUAAUGGUGGGGGCGUUGGGCACCCGGGUUCCAUGAGCGGCCCUCGAAGUAUGGAGGGACACAGCACUUUAAACCCCAUGCUCCCGCCAAACUCCACCAUGCUGCUCAACACUCCAGAGGGUCAGAGCGGUCGGGCAGCACUUAGAGACAAGCUCAUGGCCCAGCAGAGAGACCCAACCCGCAAACGGAAGCAGCUGUCUGGUGGCGCCGUCAGUCACGAGAACAGUAACAACAUGGUCUUCAACAUGCUCAACAAACCAGGCAUGGGGGGCCCUCACAUGUCGGGGCCCAGUGCCACCGAGCAGCUGAGAAAAGUAGGUCGAAUUGGAAACCUCCACCCAAACACCUCCAUGGCUCAGCUCCUCCAGUCCAUGAGUUGUCAGAGUUCCCAUAACCUUACUGGGUCUGGCCAUCGCUCUGGUCUGAACCCUGGCCCUGGUGCUCAAGUGCCGCCACAGCUUCACUACAACGAGAGCACAGGCAUAGUCCCUGGUGGCCCUCCACAGAACCUCCUGGUCCAACAGAGGCUAAGAGCUCCAGGGGAGACCAUGCAGCGCUGCCAGAACAUGGACACUUCUGGGGGGCACAUGGUCCCCCGUCCAGGCCAAUUUCCUGAUAUGAUGGCGCAGAUGCAGGUCCCCUCCUUAAGCAACUGUGGGCCUAUGGUCCCUGGUGGGGGAUCCAUAGGACCAGAGGACAUGUCGAUGGUUCGCCCCAACACUAACCCCCCACCACUGUCCCAUCCUGGUCCUCACCAAUCGCAGAUCCACGGUCUUGGCCGAGCUAACAUGGUGAUGUCUCAUUCAGGCGGCGAUGGAGGCUGUAACCAGACGAUCUCUGAUCCAGGCUGUGGAUUGGGCACAAUGCAGCCACACGUCAAUGCCAGCGGAGCUCACAUUUACCAACAGCAGGUCCACCAGGCCAUGCAGCAGGGGGUUUCCUCACACCCAAGCUACCAGGGGCAGCACUUCUCUGAAAACCCACCCUACAAAGACGGCGGCACCACCGGCUCCAUGGCCUGCCUUUACCAGAACUACCAGCAGGGGAUGUUGUCACACCCGCAGUUUGGGGAGGAGCAGCAGCCCCAAAGCGAGGGGCUUCGAGCAGGCACACCCGGCCCUGACCGGGGUCCCGGUGGGGGACCAGAGGUGGUGGACGCCAUCUACAGAGCUGUGGUGGACGCCGCCAGUAAGGGCAUGCAUGUUACCAUCACUACCACCGUGAGCGGGACCACACAGGCGAGUCCGGUACCUGCCCUCAGUGCCAUGAGUGCCUUCACCGCCUCCCUGGGAGAACCAGUCAAUCUCCCCCAGGCUGUCAGCACGGUCCUGUAUGGACACCAAGACGGAGAGGCCAGACCAAGACAGGUGAGACCAGGACGGGGAAGUAAGAACCUGGACGCGGGGAAGAGCACCCCAGAUGGCCCUGAGAACGACUACUUCCGCUCUCCAGGUCGAGGAACUCCCAGAGGGCAGUGGGAUGGGGAGGUGCAGCACGGAGGAGGCUUUGACUCUCAAAACAACAACAGCUGGGGUGGAGAGGAGUUUCUCGAGUGCUCUACCCAGGUAAGAAGUAGUCCCUGCAUGGAAAGACCUGCCAGCCUGGCCCCCGCCCCACCGUGCCCCACUGAUGGUUCCAACAACCACAGUCUGGCCAUGGUCCAUGAUAAAACCUUCCUGGAUGAUGCUUACCGGUUCAACAACUGCAGCCGUAAACCUGCCAACUACAAGGAACGUCUGGAGCAGACAGUGGAACGUUGUGCCCACAUAAAUGGUGCCAACCCCCACUUUAACAGCCGUGGUUAUGGAGAAGUCCUGGGCCCCCCGCGGCAGGAGCUGACGGGGGACGACCAGUCACCCAGCUCCUCCACCAGCCUGGAAGGGCCCCUGGCCACCCCCAAAGACUACAGCCACUACAACGGUCACUUCAACGGCAUGGCUCCCAGCCCCUCGGACACGAAGAGCCUGAGCAGCGAGGAAGACCUGCGGCAGCCGGACUCCCCCUCAUCAGAGCUGCUCCACUACCGUUCCAGGACCUUCAAUAUGGGAGAGCUGGUCUGGGGCCAGCUCAAGGGCUUCCCACCCUGGCCCGCCAAGCUGGCCGGGGACGAGCAGGUGCACUGUGCUGCUGUUCAGCUAAGAGAGCCGGCCCAGGUGGAGCCCGAAAAACUAAAAACGCUAACGCAUGACUUGGAGGCUUUGGACCGAGCCGCCAAAAGAGGCCUGAUACAGGGGAAACUGAACAACAACCCUCUGAAAGCUGCUCUCCACGAGGCCAUGAGCGAGCUGGACAAAAUGUCUGGCGCGCUCCCAUCGAGGGACCGCCAGCUGAUGCUCCCGAAGCCCAAGAGGAGGAAGAUAUCCAGAUAACAUUGAAUGUGUCGGCCCAAGAGCGUCCUCAAAGCCGCGGGGGGGGGGGACUUGAAGAGUUCUGAGCUCUCAAACAGGUGCUACACAAGGACUGUCAGCGGUACUCCGCUGUCCCGCGAUACCAACUGACUCUGACCGUGGAAGGUGCUGGAAACUCUAAUCGCCGUCACAGUUUUAACUGUAGGACAAACUGAAACACCAGGAAAGUACACAAAACAAAAGAAACGGUUGCAAUUUGUCUACAGCUCACUGAAUUAACUAUUUUUUUCUAGUAUAAGAUAGUAAAAUAAACAAAAAAAGCUACAAGCGUUACCUUACAUAUUUAAGAAUAGACAGUCCAAAUAUUUCUGAUACAUUUUCAGUAUGUAUAUAGGUAAUCCUGAAAUUUCAUGCUAUUAAGAAUUGUAUGUAAAUAUUGUACAAUGUCAUGUACAAGCGUACUUAAUGCACAUUUUAUCUUUUAUUGUACAAAAACGAAGCGGUAGAAGCGUGCCGACGCGCGGGUUUCUGCUCAGCGGAGCGGCCGCCGCGCGCGUAGACGAAUAAUUCAGCCUAAAGCUUUUAUACGACGUCGUGCUGGUUUCUGUUUGUUUUCUAGCGGAGCGGGCGUGGAACAGCCAUGAUAAGUAUUUCACAACUCGCGUCACCACGUUCACUUCACGCCAGCCGAGUGUUUGUUUGUUUCUGCCGGGGACAAAAAAAAAAGAAAACAAACCCCAGAAUGAACUUUACCAACAGAAAGUGUUCAGCGUGUUCCCGUUUUAGCCGCCGUCGUCCUCCGCCGGCAGGAAGUGGGGAGGAGAAAUCCACCUGUAGGUUUAUUUAUAUUUAUGUUUACAGCCUGUAAGAGUCUGUUUAUCAGCACAAGCCCGACUAGAUGGGUGGUUUAACUCUGAAACCAGACGUAGGGGCGGGUUCGUCCUCCUCUCUUCCUGUUGGGGUCGACUAGCCAACCUCAGAGUCCAGAUCAGAAAACACUAACUUGAUGAAAGCAUUUCUUGCAUUUUGAGGCCUUUUUUUCUUUUGUUUUUGUUUUGUUUGUUGAUGUAAAUUAUUUAUGUACAGUACUCCAUAUUUAUUUUAAGCUUUACAAAUAUGCUAGAUGGCAAUAAUACUACCAAGAGUUGAGAACUAAAGCCUUAUAUGUGUGUGUAUGUUUUUGUUCUGAAUCCAUCGUGUAUUCAGAGUUCGUCACAAACUCGUAUUUGUUUUAUUUAAGAAUUACAGAUGAUUGUUGUUGUUUUUUAAACAACGAGGCUCUUUGAUCUCCUGCUUUUGUUACAGAUGGUGUCAUAGGAGAUUUUUCGGGUGUGUUUUAUGCAUAUGCACCGCUGAUGAUGUGUGGAGGUGACGAAUGCAGUUUUAACUCUAAAAGAUAUCAGAACGUAUCGGAAACUUUGGAACAAAACCACCUGGAAUCACUACGGAAUUCUCAAGUGCAAUAAUCAAAGAAAGAUCAACCGCUUCAAAGCGUCAUGUCUCGUUUCCUUUCUUGUGCUCAGAUCGUCCUUUUUUUCCUAGAGAGAUCAGCUGGUCGGAAUCUGAAACUCACAAAUCCGAUUUAUUUUCUCCGGUCCUUGAACUCGACACGUUUAAGCGCUUAAUUCACUCCACCGCUACAGAAAGCUCCUGUCUGGACAACGUUUUUUUCCAGGAUCUGAAAUCUCAAGUUAACCACACUUACGUUGUCAGAAUUAUUUGUGAUGGUUCUGUAGCGGCGGGUCCGUUUGUGCGUCUCGCAUUUUCUUCUAUUGAAAUAUAAAACUCCUGAUUAGAAGAAACAAAAUGUUAUUAAACAUCUGUUAGCCGAUGUCGUUUUAACACCGCGGAAGUGGAAGUGUUGCAGCUAUGGAGGUUAACUCAUGAAACUCACACGGACUCAAAGAUUCGCCGUUUUAGAGCUCAGCGUCAGACGGCCAGUCCAUUACAUCCGCGUACCGCUCACACACCCAUCUUUCGCCAGGAGCUCGCUUUUAUUUACUAAUGUCGCAGGUCAAAGGUUACACACACACACUUCACUUCCGUUUUUCCAUGCCCAUAAAAAGAACAAACCUCACAUAUACACAUAAACACACAACAUCAGAACAUAACACUUAACAACAUCCUAAAAAACGCAAACUCACUUUGAUUUCUUUGCUAAGAACUGAAUUAAUAUAAAUAUUAAUGUGCAAACGACUUUAUAACCUCAAAGCCAGCAAAAUCCCUUUUAUUUGAACGCCACGGCGAGCGUUCAGGCCCGUCUGCCUGGUUCCGUGUCAGAUGUUCCACCGCUUCUUUGCGUCUGAGGAGAAAUCUCGUACUUAAUUUUCUGACGAACUCCGCAGAAAAGCUCAAACCCGUUUAUCCAGAUGUCUUGUUUUUCCUCACUUUGCACUGAACAGUUGCAACUUAGAGAACGUAUGAACUCUUUCGGUAAAGUUCAUUCUGCCUCGCCUGUUGAUUUUAUUUUUUACCUGCUUACUUGGUGCGACGACCUGCAGGUGUCGGGACGCCACGUGUCUUGGAUCCGUUGUUCGUGGUCAAAAGUUUGAAGCGUUGAAUAUUUUUUCAUCUCUUCUUUCUGCCUGAUUGUCCAGGUGUAAGUGUGACUCUCUCUCUCUCCACCUCUGUCACUCAGUAUUUUAUUUCUCCAGCGUGUGAUUUAAGUAUAUAUUUCCUCACUAUAUAUACUUAAUGAAAAGAAACAGACCUGUGUGACGUACGCCGUGCACUUGAUUGCUCUCGUUUGUUUUCCCCUCAUGUGGGUUAGGGAUAUCGUGUCUGAGUCCAUUGUUUUCAGAUUGUUUGGACUUUAUUUUUUAAUGGUUUGAUGUAAGCAACAUUUUUUUUGUAAAUAUUGUGAAACAUUACAGGUCAUGCAGUGAUGUAACAUUUUGAAUAAUGUUGCACAGAUGUUUAAGAUAUUAAAACCAUGUUCACUCUUA